AUGGAGACUUUGAAAAUUUAAUAAUUCUCUAAUAAAUUUUUUCAUUCUUUUGGUGGAGGGAUUUAACAUGCAGAAGAACAUUAAUUUAAUGAUUUAUUGCCUAAAUACUUAGUAUAACAUCAUUGUAAUUUAGUUAAAAGGUUUUUUGAAACAGGUGAAGCUAAAUAUUAUUAGAUGUUUGAUAUCAAUUAUAUAAAAAAUAAGAAUUAACUCUUGACUCCAAUAAAUAUGUGUUUUAUUAUAACAAACAAAUUUGUUAAUUAAAAUAUUACAUUUGCUACAUUUUUAUAAGAAGCUUCCUAAGAUUAGGUUUAUAUUAUAGUAGAUGGGAUUAGUUUAGCAUGUACAUUUACAUAAAAUUUAUUAACAUUAAUAGGUUGGUUUGAAAGUGAUAUAGAGACUUUGUGUUAAUAAGAAAAAUAUGAAAAUUUAUAAAUAACUAGAAUAUAUCCAAAUUUUGUUAGAUUUAUUAGAUAAAAUAAAAUAAAAUAUUCAAAACUUAAUUAAAGUAUCCUUAUUUUACCAAAACCAUAAUACAAUAUAUAAACUUAGAGAUCCUUUUUAUCUGGAGAUGCUUAACUUAUGCUUAAUUAUGUUCAUACAGAAUGUGAUUUGCUUAUAACAAAAAAUAAAAUUGCAAAUUAUGAAUAUUUUGUUAUAAAUGUAGUUAAAAUAGCUGAAUAAUAAUAAGUUAAUCAUUCAUUUGCUAGAAUUCCUUUAUCUCAACCUAAAUUUUGUGAUGAAAAUAAAUAUUUAGUUGAUCAAACUGAUAAAGCAGGAAUUUAAAAAAUAAAUGCUAUCAAUUUUUGUGAUUAACAUAUUCCAUAAUCAAUAGCCAUAAAAUAAGUUUAGACUGCUGAUUAAAACAAUAGAAAAUUUAGUAUAAAUAAAAAUUUGAUGACAAUUUAAUCAUUUAAAUAAUAAAAUUCUUUAGUAAACAAUACUUAGUAAUUAUUUUUUGCUGAUAAUAAUACAUAUGAAUAAUAAGAAUAAGUAUUUGCUAUUUCUAAUAAAGUUGAUGAAGAAAAAGUACGUAGAAAAAAGAUUAAAAAAACAACAAUUUAUAGUGAAGCAUAUUUAGAAAAUGCUUCAGUAAAUAAAAAGUAUUAAUUAAUUUAAUCAAUUUUGGCAGUACAAUCUCCAAGAUAUUUAUAAAAGUUCUUUUUUCUUGUUGUUUUAUGGCAUUCAAUAUUUGUAUUGUUUAUUUUACUAUUCCAUAUAUCUAUGAGAUCUGAUAUUACUAAUGUUAAAUUUUUAUUGGAAAUGUUAACAUUUCAUGCUGCUAUAAUGGCUCCUCAUGAUUUAUUUUUUUCAAUGAGAGUAACCAUUACUUAAUAUUAAUAAAUGUAAAGAGAUGGUUUCAUACCAAAAGAUAGAUUACAAGAAUUAAUUGAUCCUUAUUAUUAAUCUAUUGAUCUUGGAUUUUAAGAAUUAAAGGAUAACUUUUAUGAAUAAUUAAAUAAUGAAUAUUUAUAAGAUUUCCUUAAUGGUUAAAAUUUUACUAUGUAUUUUAUGUAGGAUAAUGAGACAUAAAUUUACCCUAUAAAUCUAUCCCUUAGAGAUACCUUAUUUGUAAUAUUAUAAUAUUAAUAUUCUCAAAUGAUGACAUUUUAUUAUAGAGAAAGUACUACUGGUAAACCAUAUUAAAUUUCUUUGUUUGCUAAUUAUUUUCAUUUACAUUAAUAAUGUCAAAAUAUUACAACUACUUUAUCUAAUUAUUCUAUAGAGAAUAAAAAUUAGAUUUAUACUAAAUGGUAAAUUAUAUCAAUAAUUGGAUUUCUUAUUAUACUACUACUCUACAUAAUAAUUUAAUGUUAUUAAAUAUAUUAUUUCAUUCAAAUUGAUAUGUUAUUUUUAUUAUUAAAUACUAUGAGUUAUGAAAUGAUAGAAUCUGAAAUUGAUAAAUUCACAAAUUACAAGAAUCAAUAUAAAUUGGAUAGACAUUGUCUACAAUAAUAUGAUCCUAUUGAUAGAUCAUUUACUUAUUUAUCAAAACCUCUUAAAUAUUAAGGGUAAAGAUAUCUUAAAUUACAUAUAGGAUCUUUGAACAAUUAAAAAUUACUAAACUAUUUAAUUUUAGUAUUUAUGUUUAUUGUUAUUACUUUCUUUUUUAUUCUAACUUUUAUCUCUUCUCAUCUUUACUUAAGUAAGUACAAUGAUACAUUAUAAUUUUUUGAAUAAAUACAAGAUUUUAAAUUAAGAACAGGUAGCUUAUAUUUAUAUAGGGAAAUAUUUUUUAGAUGGAAUAAUUUUACAUUUUUGACCAAUUAAGAUAAAAUUUAACUUUAUUCACUUAUUGAUUAAGCAUAAUAAUCUAUUUAAAAUUAUAUAGAAUUAUCAGAUAUGAUAUAAUUUGAUUAAUUUUUAGUAGAUGAUUAAUUUAUUUCAUUGUUUUAUGCCAUAAGCAAAGAAAAUCUAUGUUAAUUUAUUGAUGAAGUAAUUUUAUAAUUAAAAUUUAUAGAGAUUUUAGAAUCUAACAUCUAGAUAUUGUUAUUUAGCAUUUGAUGGAACCUUAAGAUAAGGUAUGAUUUCGACAUUAAAUUAUAUAUCAAAUUCUUUCAAAACAUAAUAAACUAUUAAUAAUUUUACUAAACGUGUAGAAAUCAAUUAUUAUGAAUAAGAAGGAUCUUAAAUAGUUACAAGAGUAUUCUUUACACUUUCAAAAUAAUUUAGUUAAAGUGCAGACUCUUAAGCUGAUUUUACAAAUACAAUCAUAAAAGUAUAAUAUUUAAAUUAUUAUUAUAGAUCUUAUCUAUAUGUUAUUUUUGUUAUAUAUUUAUGAUUUUAGUUUUCCUUUAUGGUUUUUAUAGAUCAUAUUUAGUAUGGCUAUUUAAAUCCUUAAAAGGUAUUGUGCAUUUGAUACCUUUUGAAGCAUUAAUUUUUAGUGAGACUCUAGAGAUUUAAUUGAAAGAAUUGAUUUAUAGAUUGCAAUUACUUUGA